AUCAAAUAUUGGAAAUGAAAAUUAUAGUAGAAGAAAAAACGAUAUCGGAUGAAUUAAAAAAAUUUUGGGAAUUAGAAAACUUAGGCGUUGAGGUUGAUACCGAUGAAAACAUUUUUGACGAUACGAUUAUGAAGGAAUUUGAAUCGGGAAUUACUUUCUCUAAUAACAGAUACAACGUAAAGCUUCCGUGGAAACCUGGUAUGAAGGAACAGUUACACGAUAAUCUUGAAGUUGCUCAAAAAAGGUUUUUAGGUUUAAAAACAAAAUUUCUUAAUGACCCCUUACUAUUCACUGAAUACAAAACUGUUCUGGAUGAGUAUCUGAAGGAGAAAAUUAUUGAACAAGUUAGGUGUGGGUUGAAUAAAAAGACGAACGAACCAACAUUUUAUUUGCCUCAUAGAGCAGUGAUUCGUAAGGAUAAGACGACAAGUAGAUUACGCAUCGUUUUUGAUGCGUCUUCCCAUGGUAAAGGAGAACUAUCCUUGAACGAUUGUUUACAUAUUGGAUUAAAUUUAAACCCUGACAUUUUUCUUCUCCUAAUUAGAUUUAGAGAAAAUCCUAUAGCAUUCACAGCUGAAAUAAAGCAGGCAUUCCUCCAGAUAGAAAUUAAUGAAGAGGAUCGAGAUGCGACCAGAUUUUUUUGGCAGCAGGAACCAGAUGGCUCUGAAGGAGACAAUUUGAUGAUAUAUAGAAUGACCCGUGUUUUAUUCGGGGUAAGUUCAAGUCCAUUCCUUCUCGCUGCAACAAUCAAGCAUCACUUGAAAAGGUAUGUUGAUAAUUUUCCUGAUACUUGUGCAAUUUUAAAUAAUUCUUUAUAUGUCGAUGAUUUAAUUAGUGGUCGGCAAAAUGUAGAAGAUGCUUUAAAAACGAGCUUGGAAAGUUUUAAGAUUUUUAAGGAUGCAAGUAUGAUUUUAAGAAAGUGGCAGACUAAUUCAUUCGAGUUGCGUGAUCGAUGGAAAGAUAUUGGAAUGGACAUUGGUCCAUCCAUUGAGCCUAAAAACGAAACUUUCAUGCCUUCUAAGGUACUAGGAGUUGUAUGGAACCCCGACCGUGAUUUAUUUCCUUUCGAUGCUAAAGGUUUAAUACAAUUUCUCUCGAAACGAAUGAACACUAAAAGAUUUCUCUUGCAAGCUGCAGGUCGUAUUUUUGACCCUGUAGGGUUUCUUGGACCAUUUAUAAUUAGAUUAAAGAUUUUAAUUCAAGAACUGUGGUGUUUGGGUUUGGACUGGGACGAGCGUUUCCCAAUGAAAUUAGACACUGAUUGGAAUGAAUGGUGUGAGGAAGUUCUAGAACUGAAUACUUUCAAUAUACCCCGUUACUAUUUUGGAGAUACUCAUUCCACUGAAAUAGAUAACAUUCAAAUGCACUGUUUUUCAGAUGCCUCUAAGAAAGCUUAUGGAGCGGUUGUGUAUUUUCGAAUAGCAUUAAAGGACGGAAAGAGUUUUACUAGUUUUGUAGCAUCAAAGUGCAGAGUGGCUCCAUUAAAAACAAUUUCAAUACCUAGACUUGAGUUAAUGAGUGCUCUCUUGGCAGCUAGAUUGAGUAAUAAAAUCUCCAAAGCUAUAAAGUAUCCAUUAACUCAUUACUUCUGGACCGAUUCAUCUAUCACUUAUUUUUGGAUUAAAGGCGCUCCUAGUAGAUUUAAACCAUUUGUGAAAAAUAGAAUUCAAGAGAUCCAAAGAUUUACUGAUCCAAAAGAUUGGCGUCAGUGUCCUGGAAAGGAUAAUCCUGCCGAUUUAAUAUCAAGAGGUAUGUCGGCAGCCGAACUUCGUGAUAGUGAUUUUUGGUGGCAUGGUCCUGAUUGGUUAGCACAGAAUGAACACUCUUGGCCUAAAUCUUUGGAACUGUCAAAACAGUUAAAUAUUGAAAACAUAGAAAAUUACGAGCUUUGCAAAGGAGCUAUUUUAACUUCAACAGUUGUAGAGUGCCCUUCAGAGAACGAUUUAAUUAUAAAAUAUUCUUCAUUUGACAAAUUAGUUAGAAUCACUGCAUGGUGUUUAAGAUUUAUUAAUAACUGUAAAAUUAAUAUUUCUAAUAGAAAGGAAGAUUAUUUAAGUGCUGUCGAAAUACAAAAUGCUACAAAGAUGUUAGUAAAGUAUGUACAACGAUCUGAAUUUAAGUCUGAAAUAAAGUAUUUACAAUUAAAGCAUCCAAUUCCGAAGAAUAGUAAAAUUUUAUCUUUAAAUCCAUUUCUUGACAAAGAUGAGCUGCUUCGAGUUGGGGGAAGAUUAAAAUUUUCAAAUCUGUCAGAUAACCAGAAGCAUCAAUUGCUUUUACCCAAAUCGCACCAUUUCACAGAUUUGAUUAUAGAACAUUUUCACAAAAUAUCUUUACAUUCAGGCACGCAGACGACACUUUUUCUUAUUCGCCAAUCAUACUGGAUACCUUCGGGACAAGAUCGAGUCAGACGUGUGAUAAAUAGAUGCUUGACUUGUUUUAAAGCUAGAAGUCAAACUAUUAACCAAAUGAUGGGCGACCUGCCCAGGGACCGAGUUAUCCCAUCUCGACCAUUUGAAAAGGUGAGACUCGAUUUUGCUGGUCCCAUAAUUACUAAACCUAAUCUUAAAAGAUCUAGAGUGACUUUAAAAUCAUACAUUGCUAUUUUCAUAUGUUUCAGUACCAGAGCUACCCAUUUUGAAGUAGUGUCUGAUUUGACUACUGAGAGUUUUUUAGCUUGUCUUAGGAGAUUCAUUGCUAGACGGUCAAAACCCUCAAUCAUAUGGAGUGAUAAUGCCACUAAUUUUAAGGGCGCAAAAAAUAUUUUGGAUUCCCUGCUAAAAGCAUGCAAAUCGGAUGCCGUGCAAAGAUUUUGUUCCAAGGAAGGUAUAGUGUGGAACUUCAUACCUCCAGCAUCUCCUCACUUCGGUGGAUUAUGGGAGGCCAAUAUUGGAGCUAUGAAACGGAUCUUGUUGAAGGUGACUAAAUCGACAGUGUUGACUUUUGAAGAGCUUACUACGCUGGUGACACAGAUUGAAGCAGUUUUGAAUUCAAGACCACUGUGUCCUCUUUCUGCUGAUCCAGCUGAUCUUCAACCUUUGACACCUGGCCAUUUUUUGGUGGGAGUACCACUGUUGUCAAUACCAGAACCCAGUGAUUCCUUGACUAACAUUUCUUUAUCUUCUAGAUGGUCUCUCAUCCAGUCUCUUAGAUCCAAAUUUUGGAAAAGAUGGAGCCAAGAAUCUCAACUCCUUGCAGUCUCGAGCUAAAUGGAAACUACCUCAACUAAACAUCAAACCCGGACAGCUGGUACUCCUGAAGGAUAAUAGCAAGAGCCCCAUGGAAUGGAACUUGGCCCGAAUUGAAAAGACAUAUCCUGGAACAGAUGGACUGGUCCGUGUCUCAGACAUCAGAACCCCUAAAGGAAUUUUUCGGCGAAGUAUCAACAGACUCUGUCCACUCCCUUUCGAAGAAGGUGUUGGACAACUGUCCAACGGGGGCCGGGAUGUUCCGUCCUAGAGACGCCUUUCCCCUAUUCCAGCUGUAGUGAUCAGGAAACCGGCGCAUGCGCAGUUUCUGUUGAACUUUGAUACGCUUCUUUUUUUAUUACUUUGUGAUUCAGAAUUUGUAAUGCCUAAUUAGAGAUGUA